AUGAUCACUUUCACCAGUCCCGUCUACCAGAAGGAGAACGACCUUCACCAUCUCCGAACAGCCAUGCCCCCUCCCAGUACCAGAGCCGUUGACCCGCGAGACUCCAAUGGUAGCAAUGGCACCGGAGCCCGACGUGAAUCGCUCUCCUCUUUCCCCUCCUCAAGAUCUCCCAGCGCCAUGUCCCGGCAUUCGAGGCCGUCGAGGUCCCCGCACCCGGGAAUGAAUGAAACCGAUCGUACGUCGAAUCCGAGCUCGAAUUCGAAAACCCCCUCAAGCGGUGUGUCUUCUCAGCACUCGUCCAUGUCGGCUCCGAAGCGGUAUAAUUCAGAGGCCCAUCCGAGGAGGAAACUCAGAUCCCAGUAUCCUCGCGGGGAGACUGAGAACCAUGUAGAAUAUAUUCUGGUGGCCUCCUUUGAUAUUGACAAGGGGCCCAUAAUGGAGCAUCAGUAUCCAGUCGCCAUCACCGGGGACGAGAAUAUGCUGGCGGAAUUGAUGUUGCCAGACCAGGCACAUGUACGGAACCAGGACUGGACAAUGUUCUUCCUGCACAAAGACACUAGCCAGGAGGAGGAGGAAGCGGAAUUGAAGGAAGAGAGAAAGAGAAGGCGACAGCGGCGGAAAGAUAGGGCCGCUGGCUUACUAGACCCGGACGAUGUUGAGUCUGGGGAUGAGAUCAAUGGGGAUUGGUACAGUGAUGAUUCGGACGAAACCGAACCAGAGGGGGGCGAGGGACCACCUCUGAUAUACGUUUUGAACCUGGUCAAUACGAAGCAGGACAAGACUGCUAAAAGAGGUGCAGUGGUAAAGGCUAUGGCGAUUUGCACGCGACAUCCUUUCCUGCAUAUUUACAAGCCAUUAUUAUUGUUAGCCCUGGAAGAAUACUUCAAAACACCGUUCCCGGCGACGCUGGCGUUGCUAUACGAAGCAGUAAAUACCAUGGAUUUAUCACUCAUGCCAAAACUAAGUCUUCUGGAGCGACAUCUACUCCAGGCAAGCGACAACAAAGAUCUAUUCGUUGAGAAAUUUGAACAAAUGAUACAAAUGAGAAUGGCAGAGGACAGAGGAGAAGUCCUCCGCAACCCAGCUACACUGUCUGAAAGUCCCGGAAUGCGGAUGGACCUUACUCGCAACGGCACCAAAGCGCAUGUGGUCGCGAACUCGAUGUACUCGGUACCUCGAGAUACCCACGAGUUCGAGACGAGAGUAAUGUAUAAUGGAAUUCCGAUACCAAUUAAAGUUCCGGUUGCAGUGUCACCAGAGACCGUUGGCGACUUCUCCCUCAUCAAACUUAUCCAAACAUUUGGUGAUCCUCAUGCAAAGUCACCUCAACCGUUCGCACUGCAUCCGCAUUUGACGACAAGCGGUGCAUAUACUCACCCGAUUAUCGUCUUGGCAAACGCCAUGCUGACCCAAAAGCGAGUGAUAUUCCUCGGACACAAUCGUCCGUCUGGGGAAGUGGCUGAAGCUGUUCUUGCCGCCUGUGCGUUGGCUUCAGGAGGUAUCCUGCGUGGUUUUACUCGUCAUGCCUUCCCUUAUACGGACUUGAGUAAGAUUGACGACCUUUUAAAAGUCCCUGGCUUCAUCGCUGGAGUCACGAAUCCGACUUUCGAGAAUCAUCCUGAAUGGUGGGAUUUGUUAUGCGACUUGCCGACAGGUCGUAUGAAGAUAAGCAACAGAAUCGAGAGUGCACCCCUGACGGAAGGCCUCUCCAACUUCCAGGCGCAGAAUCCCGGCUACGCGAACCUGGUGAGUCUUACGUCUUCGGCCAGUGCAGCCACGGACUCGACUGGCGAUGUAGCUUUCAUAGGCGAUGUUCUUCGCAGCAUAGCUGCGCGGCAUGGGGAAGGAGUGAUUCGUGCAAAGUGGCGUCAUUGGAUUGAGAAGUUUACUCGUAUCUCGGCAGCGUUUGAGGAGACCGUAUAUGGUGCCAGUGGUCUGUACAUAGGCGUGGAGGAGGCCGAGCCUGGCAAUGAAAAUGUCUCGGGCCACGGAUAUGUCUGGCCCGACGAGGCUACGAAGUUGAAGGAGCUAGCUGGUGGGGUGCAUCGCAUUGAAGGCUGGAGGAACACCCGAAGCUACUUCAGCUUCAAGCAGGACGUCGGCCAACUCUACAACUUCAGGCCUCUCAAAGCACUUGACCUACAUCAUCUGCACGACCGGUUGCGAAUGACGAAGCUCACACCCAGCUCAAGUCGCGACAUCUACCUAGCACUUUCCAAAUACACCCAUUCGUACGACGAGAUCUGCCAGCUGCUAACAGUAGCCCCUGAAUCUCACGCGGGCCUUUUCUACGUCGCGCUAGGACUCUUCCACAAGGACAGAGACGUGAGAUUGAAGGUCGUCGACCUCUUGGAGAGGAUCAGCGACCACGAAGCAGGCAGGCAUUGGUGGAAAGCACUUAGCCGAUUCGAGAAGCUGGCAUACUAUCGCAUACGGAGAGAAGAAGAAGCCGAAAUGCGCAGCAAGAUGGGCGGCGAUAUUGCGGAUGUGUUCCAGACACUCUCCAAUGGACAUCAGCCGACGAUGCUGUUGGAGAAACGAGCAAGUUAG